AUGGCUGCAUUGUCCCUAAAUGAAGAGCGAGAACUCGCAAUCAACCCGAUCGUCGCAUCCAGCUUACAGCACAACACCCAGGUCAUCGCAAACAUACGCAACCUCACCGCAUCGCUCUUCGGCGUCGCCGCUGGCACACUAGGCCUCGAAUCGUACACGGGCUUCAUCUUCUACCUUAUAGGCUCGCUAUUCGUUUCAGCCCUACUGUUUGCCCUCAAGACUGAUGGCAAGCCCGGUGCUUACUUUUACCGGCCGCUAGGGGACAUGUGGUUUGGAGAAGUGUUCGGGGGAUUAAUGCUUGAGGCACGCUUAAUGCAGGCCAGCACCCUGAAGAAGGUCGUCGACGCAAUCAAGGACCUCGUUCAAGACUGCAACUUCGACUGCAAUGACUCCGGCAUCGCCCUCCAGGCCAUGGACAAUUCCCACGUCGCCCUCGUCUCGAUGCUUCUGCGGUCCGAAGCCUUCGAGCCCUUCCGCUGCGACCGUAACAUCGCCCUCGGCAUCAAUGUCGGCUCCCUUACCAAAGUCCUGCGCGCAGCCCAGAACGACGAUGAGCUCACGAUCAAGGCGGAGGAUGCGCCUGAUGUAGUCAACCUUGUUUUCGAGAACAAGUCCAACGACAGACUUAGCGAGUAUGAUAUCAAGCUUAUGGAUAUUGACCAGGAACAUCUGGGCAUUCCGGACACAGAGUAUGCGGCUACCGUUAUCAUGCCGACGUCUGAGUUCCAGAGGAUUUGUAGGGAUUUGAAUGCGUUGUCGGAAUCAGUGUCGAUCGAGUGCACGAAAGAGGGUAUCAAAUUCUCCUGCCAGGGCGACAUCGGGUCAGGGUCCGUCACGCUUAGACAGCAAGAGUCUGUCGACAAGCCCGAAAACUCCGUCAAAAUUGAGAUGAGCGAGCCUGUUUUGCUCACCUUCUCGCUCAAAUACUUGGUAAACUUCUGCAAGGCCAGUGGCAUGUCAGAUACGGUCAAGCUCUGCCUAUCAGCCGAGGUUCCCCUCCUUGUUGAAUACGGCCUGCAGAGCAACAGCUACCUGAGGUUCUACCUUGCGCCUAAGAUCGGCGAUGACGAGUGA